AUGCCAUCGUUAUCUUACAGUGCAACAACAGAGGAUUGUCUGCCAUAUGCACCAUCUACGAAUAAUUCCGUACCUAUUCCUCGAUUCAUCAAUUCCUCUUCUAAUUCGAAUUUAAGUCCACCCGUCAAUCGUCUUCAGCGAAAACCCUCAUUUGGGAACUCCCGCCAGAUUGCGCCCCCUCCUCAAGAUGAAUCUCACGACGCAAUAGGGGAAUCGCGAAGUCAACCGAGGCAACCGCAUAGCCGCUCUAGUAGUACAAGUGGUGUCCAGGAAUCAACGGGAAAUUUUAAUCGGUGGAGUCAAUCGACAGCUUCAAGUGCAGGAGGACAUACACGCAGCCGUUCAAACUCGAUUUCGCAUUUGAGCUUCGGCGGAUCCGGGUUACAUGGGAAUGGUGUUGUCCAAUCUCCUCCGAGAAAAUUACAGAAGAGCCGACCUUCAAUUGAUAUUAGUCCUCAAAGGAGGAGACCGACAGACUGGUCCACGAACCCUCCUUUGCCGUCAUCUCUCCCGCCAAUUAUCACUCUACCGAUUCCACAGGAAGCCGAAAGCCAUUCUCCAUCGCUGUUAGCAAGUGCGCUUACUCCAUCUACGGCCGGAUUGUUAUCAGCUGCUGUCCAUUCAACUGUACCUGAUUACUUUAGGAAACCUUCGGAACGUUCUAGAUCGAGAGACGUUUCUCAACGGCGAUUAUCUUCAAGGACAGGAAACCAUAGUAUUAGUCCAUCACCCAUAUCAUCCUUUUCAAACGAAACGACAAUACCCCGCCGCGCCCCUGAAGAGGAUUCAAAUGCAGUAAGGGGUCAUUCAAGGAAUCGUUCCAGAGCCGAAAAAAGUAGUAGUUCUUCGCGAAGUUCUAAGCAGCCUUCACAAAAAGCCAUGCUGUCCAAAGCUCUAGAGAAAGCGAAUACAGCAGUGUUGCUUGACAAUGCUCAGAAUUAUGAAGGCGCCAUGCAGGCAUAUUCUGAGGCGUGCAGUUUGUUGCAGCAAGUUAUGGCUCGUAGCUCGGGAGACGAGGAUCGGCGCAAAUUAGAAGCAAUUCGUAAUACUUACACCAGCCGGAUAAGUGAAUUGGCAAAGAUUACCCCUGAGUUGAGUGAUGAAAAGGCACUUCCGGCCAGGCCCGAAAGCACGGAUUUUAGAUCAGAUGAGCUUCCCACGACCGAUGACGAUGAUGAGCUUGCUACUUUAGAGACGGCUACCAUUACGAGGAUAGUUAAUGAUACUUCUUACCCGAACGAGCCCCAGUAUGAUCGAUCAUAUUCUAGGAGUCGGCAAUUGCCCUCGCGUCGUGAAUCUUUGUUACCUUCGGCCCUUGAACCUCCAGAAGCCCAGACUAGAAAUCAUCCUGACCAACGAUCAAAUCACUUCUCUAGAUAUAAUCAAUCCCAAGGACGAAAUAUUGAGACGAGCUUAAAUGUUCCUAUGGACAGCCAGUAUAUGCCACCCCCACUGUCUCCAAGACGACCUGUAUCGCCGAUGACAUAUGGGCCAUCGGGCUCGGGCUCGAAUCUAGCCGCUCCAGCGCCCUCCAAAGGGCAUACUCGAGCACCGAGUAAUGAAUCCAUGUCAUGGUUAGAUACCAUAGAUGAAUCUGGUGGAUCAGCCGCUACAUCUGUACAUUCUAGAUCUUCGUCUCUGAAUGUAAGGAGGAAGCAUAUUCGUGCCCACAGCGGUGAAACUGAAGCCGAAUUUGAUGCCGCACUGGAUGCUGCUGUAGAAGCCGCUUAUGAUGAUGGAUUUGAGCAGGUGGAUCCUGAACGUCGCACUUAUGAGUAUGACGACGAUGAUGAUGAAAUUGUAGCGAAUGUUAGACGAAAGGUCGAACUGGCUAAAGAAAGGGUACGUCAAAGUGAACGAGAUGCUGCCAUAGAGGAUGCUCAUGAAAGGGAGCGAAAACGGCUGUUCCUGCAAUUGCAAGAGCCACAUAUUGGCCCACACGAUGAUUAUGAAGGAAAUGAAUCAGAGGAGGAAGAGAGGAUGCUGGAGGAAAUGACUAGAGGUUAUGUGAUGGAUGAUUUUGAAUUUGGGCUACAGUCAAAAUCUGCAUUGCCCCGAGAGUCUGAUUCUAGUGGGUCGUAUUCUGGUCGGACUUGGCAUAGCUCAAGUGGUUCAAUACCCCCGCUUACCUCUGCCGUCAAUAUGUCAACGAUGUCACCUGUCACUUUAUCGCAGGCUCAAAUUCAGCCACCUCACCCGCCUCCUUCCCAAGCGUUGCCUCCACCACCAGUUCUUGAUGGCAGCCCGGUGAGAAAAAGUAGUCCAGCGCAAAGCGUGCGAAGUAGAAGACUCUCCGGACAGAAUGCCAAGCAGUUGAAGAUUGAGACUUCCUCGAGAUUGAUUGAAGUUCAAAAUGCCCCUUUAACUUUGCCGCCAUCAAUGCCGCCACCGCAGGUUCCUAAUGGCGUUGCAGGUCCAAAGACUGCGGGCUUACCACGGCAGAGACACGGUUCAAUAAGCACGCGACCACUUAUACCCCCACGACAAAAUUCGAUUUCAGGGCCAAGCUCCUCAGAUAUCACUUCGCCUCCGACAACCUUUCUCACUCAAACAUUGACAAACGAUAAUAAUGAAUCCUAUAAUCCUAUACCUCGAUCAGGAUCCCCAAAUCGUUCCCACUCGAGGGCGGGACUGCGAAAGAACUUCUCGUCGUCAAGUCUUAAGAACGUUCGAAGUCAUACUUUAUCGGUUUCCAACAUGGAUGAAUUUGGUGACAUUAUACCACCCACGCCAUUGACUGCCCAGGGAAACAAUGCCAGUGGCAGAAUGCCUGUUAUGCCCACUCUGCCAACACCAAUAGCGGCGGCGUUUAAAGAAAGGAUGAACGGUGCGCCUACUGGCGGCCUCUAUCUUUUCAAUAGUGAUCUUCACACGCCAGAGAGCCCUAGCUCACCCAAUCCAAUGAGUGCAGGCGCACCAAUUCCCUUGGAGCCCUGUCCAACAGAAUACCUCCUUCGCCCAUUCUGGCUCAUGCGCGCGCUAUAUCAGACUAUUGCACAUCCGAGGGGCGGCUAUCUAUCCACCAAAUUAUUCAUACCUCGAGAUGUAUGGAGGGUAAAGGGCGUCAGAAUCAAGGGAGUCGAAGACAAGAUUGCGAAUUGUGACUUUCUUACAGCAGCUUUGAUGAAACUGAGCCAAGUUGAUACCUGUGACGCGGAUGCUGUUUUGGAAGAAAUGCAAUCCCUGGAAGCUAUUCUGGAGCAGGUCCAAAUCAUACUUAGCAAAAAGCUGGGUAGUGAGGUUGGUGUGCAAGGCUCAAACGGGAUGUUCAAAGAUGCAACUACGAGUGAAAACACGGACUUUGCUAAUAUGAGUUCGAAAUCCGGAAGCGUAUCCAGCAAGGCCUCCACCUUCUCGUGGAGACGUCUACGUUCGAAAAAUUCCGCUAUGGGUCUUGCCAACAAUUACUCAAACAAGGUCACCUCUCCUGACGUACCGAAGGAAGGUUUGACUAUGGGCACGUUGCCAAUGACUUCUGCACCUAGAUCGCGAUUCGCAAAGAGAGAUGUUAGCCAAGUACAAUUUUCUGGGCCUAAUGCAAAUUACAUGGGUGCUUUGGCGAGGCUAUUUGACGCUGCACAAGCCAUUGAUCAAAUUGCACGUCAAGUGGAAGACCCUGGUCUUCGCCACGCAGACAAGACUCAAGUCGGUCUCGAACUUUGCACUCGUCACGCAGCCGAGUUCUUCGGGUUUUACAUUUGUCGCUUUGUGUUGAAUGACAUUUCGUUACUUUUGGACAAGUUCAUCAAAAGAGGAAGCGAAUGGGUUCUUGUUUGA